GUAUAGCUAGUAAUACGGCUAGCGAUGGAUAACUUUGGAAGCCAUUUUAUAUUGCGUGAAGAAAACAGAAAUAAAUACAUUUAAAAUUUCUUUUUAAACUUCAUAAUAAUGUAAGCAAAAUAAUGAGUGAUAUUCUAAAAUAUAUCGUGCGAACGUACGUUUAAAAUGGGUAAACAGUGUGGUGUAUAAUUAGUGGUAAAAUGUAGUUUAUAAUCUAAUAUUUUUAUUUGUAAAUUGUCCCUCCAAUAAAUCAGCUGGUUGGUUUGAUAGUGAUACUGAUUAUAAAUGAGUAGCAAACUAUAAACAGUGUGUAUUAGAAACGCUAUGAAUAACCAGGAGAGUGAUAAAUCCAUAUUAGACAAGACUUAUCCAAUGGAUUUAGCUUCCAAACCGCCACCGACAAAGCCAAUGGAGACAUCUGGCAUCGUAAAGCCCCCUCAGGCUUCACCUUUGACUUUGAGGCAUUCUGUACAGCCAAAUUUACGAGUAGUGACUACGGUGCCCGCUCUCACUCAACAUAUUACGGCGGGGCCCCAUCUCAUAUCCCAUAUUGUUCCCCAAGUCGGAAUUAAGCAAGUUGAUGCUAAUUCUCGAACUCACAUAACUGCUAUACCAGCUAGAUCAACUUCCAUUCAAGCAGGGCAGACUGCUACAAGGACAAUUUUAUCAACACUCCCUCUUUCUAGAGGUGGAACAACUAUUUCAAAUGUAACGGGCCCAAGAAUACGGCCACCGGCUGCUCAAUCUCAGUGUCAGCAAGCAGCCCACGUUUCUGUUUCCCCCGCAAACAUAAUUCCAGGUGUAGGCGCUGCCUUACCAGUUGGCCAUGUUAAUUCCAACUCUGUAGGUCCUAUUGGAGUAACUGUGAAUGUGCCAGUUGGUUUUGUUAGGGCUGCUGUUCCCCCAAGAGCAUCUAGUCCCGCUGCUGGCACUGCCUGGAUUGGAGGCACAGUGCAGGUGCAAACUGUACAAGUAUGCAGUGCAAAUGUUUCACAAAGAAUUCCUACUUUUACAACUGUGGGUCGAGCAAAUCAAUCAAAUGCUCAAAACCCGAGACAGACAUUAAUACAACAAACUACACAGGUUAGUGCCAUGAAAUCUACUUCAAGUACGGGAGCUUUAUCUGUUCAAACCAUUGCUUCAAACAGUACAUUACCUGUGCGUAGUCAACAGAACCAAAGCGCGACGCUUGUAUAUGGGAGCAGUGUCUCUCAUGGUUCUAGAUUGCAUGCUUUGCCAACCUCAAACGCUGGUGUUGCUCAAAGAGUUAAAGGCGUUAGUGGCAAUAAUAGACAAAUUCAGGUGAAUGCAACACCUCGGCCUCAUAUAACAGUAUCUGGAACAUUGAGUGCUAGGAUAUGUCCCAAUCCAUCUACUAAUGUAACAGGAGUUGCAUGCAAUAAUUCUGUAAACAAUCCUCAUAUAGUAAGUUACACAAAUUCAAUACCUCAAACACAAAAUUUGACUACAUCUACUGCCGGUGGAAUGAACCGAGUAGCUGUAAAUAAUAUUUCAAUAUCUCGUACUAUUCAGGGUCAAAAUAUAUCCAGUGGCAAUAAAUUAGUGGCUCAUGUUUCAAGUUCAGCACAAAACAUGCAAUCUCAAACAACUGCGGCUAGUAUGCCAAUAACCAGUACAACCAAUAUUAUAUCAAGUACAAAUAUGAACACUAAUAAUUUAAGUUCAAACUCUUCUAAUAUUAGUGGAUUAGUACAACUCCAUCCAACAGCUGUAUUUGUUGCAAGUAGCGGCGGUAGAAAUAGCAAUACAAAACUUUUGGCACAAAUAACUCCACCAGCGGGAAUUAAAACUAAUGGAUCAAAUGUACUUCAAACAUCAAUUCAGGCCAUAUCUAUUAAUUCUACUUCUUGCACUACCUUAGGUGCUAAUACCAAUAUUUCUACCACAGCAAUUACUAAUUCCCGAUCAGGUUGUACUGUUCCUACAAGAAUAAUUGCGAGUGUUCCUAAAACAUUUUCUCAAACUUCAGAGACUAGUGCAAACAUAUAUGUACACAGAUCUUCACCUGGUGCACUGGGAAUCACUGAAUCUAAAGCUGCAGGAAAUAAUUUUCCUGCUUCUGGAGGACCGUAUUAUUAUAAUGCAUCAUAUAAUACAGCCACCAAUUUAUCAACAAAUACUACAGUACCACAAUCUUCACAUUCCGUUCAUUCUGUAUCGCAACCUGUUUGCUUCAAUCCAAUUAUGAUAGUAGAAUCUUCAACUGGGAGUAUUGUUAAUUCUACUGAUCAAACAAAUCACACUGCAUCGGCUUCAAAUCAAUUGACAAUAACUACAAAUGUUCAGCAAAAUGUUCUUGGACCAGGAAGUACAACGCAAGGCAUUCCUUCGAGUCAAACCUCUGGAAAUCUUUUAGCUGUUGUGCAUCAUGGUCAAAUAGCUCCAGUAACUUCAGGGAGCCAUCAUAAGUCAUCAUCUUCACCUAGACCUAGUAUUCUGCGGAAACGGGAUCAUGACGGAAUAAAUCUCAAAGCAGCAAAAAAUUUAACGCCAUCAUUACAUGUUAUUACCAAUAAUCCUCCAAUAUCUCCACAACAAAGGCCAGACUCUCGUGGCAAUUGCCCAUCAAGUGCGGGUUCCACUACAAUAAGUGCAACUUCUAGUCCAGGACUUGAAGAUCAAGAGGAGGAUCAUAAAUAUCCUUUGAAUUUAGAAGUCAAUUCUAAAUAUGUGCCAGAUAGAAGUCAGGAUCAUGUCACUGAUGAUACUAAAUAUAGUGGUUUAAAUGUAGAAAAUCUUAGAAAAUUUAAUUUGGAGACAAAAGAUCAAGUUUAUACUAUAGAAGAAAGGAUGAAACUUAAUACCCCAGUUGAAAGACUUCAUACAGGCAUAAGAACCAAUAGAGAUUACAAUGUACUAGAAAAUAGAUAUAAAUAUGAAAAUAGAAUACAAACUUCAAGUGAUAAUGAUCAGAAAAUUAAUAUAUCGUUGAUAGAAGGAGAUGCUUUUAAGACAGCUAAUGAUGUUAAUAUUAAACAUGAAGAUAUUAAUAGCCGGAGAAAUUUGAGGCAAGAUGAUGAUAGACCAACAGAAAUGUCUCCAAGGAAAAAGCCCCGAAAACAACAGCUAACUGCAAAUGAAUCUGUUGAAGGAAAAACUAAAUCAGAAGACUUGCUAUUUAUAUCUGAAACACGUACAAAAAGUGAAAUGUCAAAUACACCAGAAGUAUCAGAGCGUUUAAAAGACGUAACCGUGAGAAAGCCACCCUCAGCUUCGUUGUUAAGUUAUUACAAACAAAGUUGGAAGUCUACACAAUAUCAUUUUCAGAGGUACUCUGAUGUUAAACCUAAAGAUGAAAGGAAACCUAACAUAAUUGAUCUCGCAAACCAGUCACAUGUUCUACAAAAAAUUAAUGGAUGGAAAAUUUAUCAUUUAAGUACUCAAAUGGAAGAUAUGUCAGAGAUGGAGAGUCAGGUUUAUGACAAAUUAUCUGGUCUCUUAAUGUUAAUGGAGAAGGAAGAAAACACUAAAGAAAUGAUAAAUAUAAAUGAAUUAAUAAAAGGAAAUAUGCAAAGGAGCAAAAUAAUCAAUGAUGGAAUGGUUGAUGCAAAAAAUCAAAUUAUGCGAAUAUUUGAUCAUAAGGCCAAUGUAUCUGACAUAAUACACCGAUGUGCAUCAAAACGAAAUUUCAAGAAACGGGACAAAUCAUGAUCUAAUAACUAAUGUAAUAGUUUUAUCAUGUAAAUAUUUAAAUUUAUAUUAAGUAUAUUUAUAUUGUAAGUUUUUUAAGCAAUUCCAGAUCAUCUAAAUGAAC